UAAAGAGUGCCUGGUGAGCUCCUCAGGGAAUGACAACACCGAAAAUGGACCUACAGGAGCCAAAGCAGACAACAAAGGGACACCAAAGGCAUGAGCAGAAUGCAAAAGUAUGUCUGUACAUAUGUUAGAACAACUUACACGCUCAGAGAAGAUACUGUUAUCAGUGGACUGUUAUAUCUUACUAAUGGCUAACUAAUACAUUGUAAAAGUCUAUUUUAAAUCAUGCUUGAGAUUUGAGAGGUGUGAAAUGUGCACAGGCCUGGAUCACCCUCACCUACAUGGCAGCCCAUUUGUUACACAGCCUCUGAUAUCAAAUUCUACUCUUCAUGCUACUGUAACCAAACACUUCACACAGAGUCUUGGGUAAACUGUCUCGGUGUGUAUAUUUGUGCUUUCCAUAUACCCUCUUUGACAUUCAGAGGGUAUAUGGAUCAUUCAGGUUACAACUUUUUUCUUUCUAAUUUUGAAGCCUUUAGUGUCAUGUGCUCUGACGAAUAGUCACUUUUCCACAGUUUUAGAGAAAGGACUUUGUACUGAGCAGAUCUCUAGUUGUUUUCAGUUCUUUAUUUAUACGUCAAAUUUGUUCUAAUCAGCUGUCACGCUGAAAAACAGUGUCAGAAGACUAUAGCGAAAAAGCUGUAUGAUGCUUGGUUUGAAAUCAUAAGGCUCUGUUUUAAUCUACAAGUCUACGUCAAACUUGGACCCGAGCAAACCUGACCUAGGGAACACACACACUUUGAUGCCAUAACUAACUGCCAUGAUGUCAGCUGAAGAACAGCAAGCUUCUGUCCCACCCUACCAAAUCAACCUUUUUCUUUUCAACAUAGAUUAAAGCCAUCAUCUCUCAGUAAAUUUGUUCAGAUUACAACCAGGAAAUCCAUUAGUUGAUAUCUCUAAAGCUAUUGUUACAUUUGUUUUUCCUGUUCUAACCACCAACUUGAUUGCUACCAUGGUCCAGGUUUGGCGUACUGUGGGGAUUAUUUGGUUCAAUAAGGCUGACGGCAGGAGUUGACUCACUUUUGGUUUGCUGAGGCUGACAACUGGGCGUUAUCUAAGGUGUCUCAGGUGAUCCAGUUCUGCAAAGGUUUUUUAUGAUUUCGCUUUAGAUGAAACACAGGUGCCUGUUUUGCUUCUGCUCCCUCUGCUGGUGGGAGGAUGAAACCACAGAAAAUGUAUAAAAACCCAAACCCCCUCAUCAAAGACAAUCCCCUGACUACCCAGCUCCCUAUAGAAAGGAAUGAACUUAAUCAUGCUGCUUCUGACAAAUAAUCAAUGCAUUUUUAGCAUGUGCGCAUUUUAUAUAUAACUUCAUAUAAGUACAGUAUACUUUACAGUUUAUAGAGUAUUGUCUAGCACCACAGCACCAAAACAUGUCUUUGUGCCGCCGUAUGGUCCCAAUCAACACUUCACAUCAACCUCUCAACAAUGUCACAUCUUUCAAUACCCCCUUUAACCAGGCCAAGGUCACUGCAAGGUGACUCUUCUAGUCGAGAAAAUGCUUGCAAAAAUGGUAAACAAAACUUAACAGGAUUUGAAUCUACAUAUUUCUGCAUUAGUUCACAUAAUCUAUAUGGCUUAAUUCCAUAUUAACAGUCAAGAAAAGACAAACCCCAUGGCUCAGUAAUACUGGAAACCCACCAUUGGGAGGGAUAGCUGAAAACGAAUGUAAGAGACUCAGUUCCCAAAAACUAUUUUUGAUUAAUAUAAUUUAUUAAACAUUAAUGUUACUAUCAAAUGAAUGUGUUCAUAUCUCAAUAGGCAAGUGGUUCAUUUUAUUUGCCAUUUGUCUUGUGUGUUUGCUCGGUUCAAAGGUCAAUUUGCCAAAAAAAUGACUGCUGUGACAGGAUUUGAAUAUUCUGAGCAUUGAAGAUAACGGGUCAAAGUUUGUGUUUGGUGUCUAGGUAGUGUCUUAGCGUUAGAGAUGUUGUACAGAUGAACAAGUGAGGGAGCUCGGAGAGUAAUUAACACAUUUUUAUUGGAAAAAGUGCUCAGAUUUCACAUUUAUUUAUUUUAUUUUUUAAAGAAAGAAAAUAAAAGUCAAAAUCUAAUUCAAUCACUUCAAAAUGGAAGGACGUAGUGCUAAGAUGUCUAUUGGCAUCCAGAGCCAGGACUGUAUGUGGUUUUCAGUAUAUGAGCUGCCACACCCUCACGCAUAGCUUAAAUAGCUACGACAGCUGAAAGCUCCACAUACAGACGCACAAGUGCACUCACAUAAUAAGAGCCUGUUUGAUACAAAAAGUGUAGUAGUACACUUGGAUACAAGCAAUGCAGCACUUUACCACAGUUUAGAGUCAGGAACAAAACAGGAAAUCAUGUAAGGUAUUUUAAUUCGUUAUUUUUUUAUGGUACACAAUUCCAGAGUUCAUAUAAAAUUAAUAUGUUUUGUUUUUCAAGUCUGACUGAGAACCUAAGAGGAGCAUUAUGUCCAAAUGGCUUUAGCAUUGUCUAAUGAUGUCUCACUGGAACAGAGCUCUAUAGAAAGAUGUAAUCUUAUUUUUCUAAGUGUUUCACUUUGUGUCAGCCUGCUGCUCUCUCUCAUACUGGAGUGCAUUUCCCUUCUUGCUUUCAAUGGAAGCAAUAAGACGGACAUCAGAUUAUGCAAUAACCUGUUAUAAGGCACUUUAUAGAUGUGUCUGGACUGGCUGUGAUGGCAACUGUGUUUGUCCAAGACACCAUUCAUUGUACUGAUAUAUGUAUCUACAAUGUACUAAUGUGUAAACAUUAGAUUCAUAUAUCUGCAUUUAUCUGCCUUGGGAAACAAAAAAAACCUGUAAUAGACGCUAACAUUGCGACUGACUGUGCAGUGUUAGAAGUGAUACAGUGUACUUGCUGUGUCGAACAAAUGUGAAUGUUAUGGAUAUAAGGAAGCACUUCACAAACACACACAGGCAUACACACACAUAUACACACACAAACAUGCACACACACGAUCGCUUCCUUGUCUAGACAGUAAUGUAUAGAUCCCUCUGCAAAGAGGAUACAUUAUGUAUAUCCAAAGUCUUCCUGUAGGGAAAAGCAAUAUUGUGAAGUGGAUCUUGUCUCUUGUUGUAACCCUGACAUUGCAUAACAAAUCCUGUAGAUGGUUUCAUGUAGAGAUAGUAAUGCAUUACUUCAACAUUUGUGGCUAAUUUUGCAUCGUUGUUUUUCAUUUUCAUUGUGAUCCCUAGGUGGAUUUUUGUAAUGUUUCCUGGUUAUAUGCCCGUCAACACUGCAUCACUUUUUAAGAGAUUCCUUAUUUUCUCUAUCUUGCUUUUCUGUUAUGAAGUUAUUUCCCUGAAGUGAAACUACUUGCAAAAAUCAAAUACAAAAAAAAGAAAAGAAAUCCAGUGAACCAGACACAGGUAUGUGAGGAGAGUGUUUGAGUGACCACCCCAUAGAUCUGUGCUGGAUUAUGAAUUGCCAAAAGCAUUCACUCUUUUACCAGUUUAAAGGUUCUUUUUUUCUUGUAUUUUUUUUAACAUAUGGCCCUUCCUACAUUGUGAACUGCCUGGACUUUCUGGAAAAAAAACCCAAACAGCUUUAUAAAAUCUUACAUGAGUUGAGGUCAGCAGCUUGCUUGCAGUAUUUGCUGCAGUACUGACUAAAGGCCUGUACAGUGUGGGCCCCCUUAGCUUUUGAGCAGAACAGCAAAGUCAACACAGUACCACUGCCACCUAGUGGUUAAUGCCAUUACAUACAAUCAUCUGCUCUCUACAGUAGUGUCUGCUGAUGAGACACACAAUAUGAAAAUGCACUCAAUCAGUGCAUUUUAAACGAGAUAGUUGUAGUGUAGGCUUAAAACAGUGAUUUUAGUUUGUAACUGAGAAUGAAAAUAUGAAUACAACUCCAUGGCUAAACACAUUAUAUGCUGAUAAACAAGAGUUGACAUUGUUGCUACACUAAUUGCUUCUAGUUGAAUUGGAUCAUUUGAACCCCUGUGCACACUGGGUAAUUUAACUUCAAGCAUAAAGGGGGUGAUUUGUGUGUGUAAGUUUACAAUAAAGUGUUUAAGGAAAAGGAUACUCGCACAAAUCCUCUAUCAAUUUUUCUCUUACAGUGAGCAUUGAAUAGUCCCAGUCUGAGUGCUAUACCGUCGAACACUGACUGACCACUAUUAUGAUUCCUUUAGAGUUAGUAUUGCUCUUACUGCCAGAGCAGCUGAAACUCAUACUGCCAAUCCAAGAGUCUCACGUCUGCUGUUGUUAACUACACUCUAAUAAUGACAAAAACAAAAGAAAACUCUCUUAGUACACUGACAUUUACAAAAAAAAACACAUUUGUUUUACUCUACUGCUGAUUUAAAUGUGUCUCAGUACUAAAUUGUGGAGGAUAUUGCUCUGUACUUAAAUAAAAAAAACCUGUAUUUCUAGCAGCUGAAACUCACACUGCCAAGCCAAGAGUCUGACGUCUGCUUUCGACAUUCCACACAGACCAGAAGAUCAAUCCAUUGAUCUCAUGUUGGUGUAGUUCAGCACAAACUUUAACUUUACUAGAAACCGGAUCAAGGAGGAUGAUUAAUAAAACGAGAAGAAUCAGGAGCUAUAUGUGUUCCCAUUUUGGUGGUUCAGAGAGCAAAAUGUGAUGCAUAUUGUGCGUCAAUAUGUGAUCACAAAUCUAGCAAACUGCCUCCUCCUAUAACUCUUUGAAGAGAGAUAGCUGCAAAGACCAAGGCCAGCAGGUUAAGAGAUUUAUUGCAGUACAAGAACAGACUGACACCAACCUCUCCACAUUCUCUCACUGCGGUUCUGCGUUUUGAAAUACCGGGACAAUGUUUUUUAUUGUAACUGUAACAUGGCUGUAGAUGUAACUCCUAUCUUAAUCAAAAUAACAAAUUCACUCAUCACUUCAUCCUACACUAUCCAAUGCUACAGACAUUAUACACACCACUGCAUUUUAUAAUAAGCUGAAAUCUCGCAUCAAACUCUUACAACAGAGUGCGAUCAACUCAACCACACACCCCCGAUGUCACAACACAGGAGUCCUGAAUCGACUUGUCUUCUUAAUGUUCAGCUGUUUGUAUGUGUUUGUGAACAUGUUGCUCAUGCUUCCUUCAUAACUAUGCACCUCAAACUUUUGACUUGUUUUAAAAAAAAAAAAAACACACCUGAAAUAAAAUGUUGAUUGAAACACUCA